AUGGAAGGUGCCCCGGAAUACUCUCUGUUUCUGGUGCGGAUACUGGAAGAACUGGACGCGAACCGCGGCACGGUGUCCUACCAGGACCUCUGCAAACUGCUGUGUGCCCGCUUCGAUUUAACCCACCUGGCGAAGCUGAGGAGCCUCCUGUUCUACACCGCUUGCCUGGACCCCAAUUUCCCAGCCACUCUCUUCAAAGAGAAACUGCGUUGCAGUGUGGACAACACUCAGUCCAAGAAGAUCAUGAUCGCCGCCGACAUCGUGACCAUGUUUAACCUGAUUCAGAUGAACGGCGGGGUGGCGAAGGAAAGGCUCCCUCACCGGCACCAGCAGAAGGUGAGGAAGAACGAAUCCUUCGAGUCGUGCCGAUCGGACACGGAGAUCAGUCGGAUCCGCUCCCCUGUCUACACUUGCAACCACGACCCGGCCAGCAGAGAACACGCCGCUUCCAGGCGCCCCAGCAGCUCCCCGGCGUCCGACUGCAAGGAUUGCCAGCGCUUCAUCUGCACUUCCGACCCCAAUUUUUUCCUCGGGGUGAGGAAUGAGGGAACACUGGAAAAUAACGGCAGGACCACGUCCCUGGACAGGUUGCAAGCUUCUCCGACUUUUAAUGGGAUCGAUCCCUCGGACUGCGUCAUGCAGUCCACAUAUUUCCCCAUGGAUCCGGGUCAGGAAUCUAACUCUGACCAAGACUCCCCCAGCAGAAAGGCCGACAGGAAUGGGACUUUUGAUUCCAGCGACGAAGCAUUCACCAUCAGCCCCUGUGCCGAGGCCACGUCAGUAUUCAACAACGAACUUCAGGACAUGCUUCCUUGUGUGGGCAAGUUGGUCUCGAUGGAUAAAGAGUCGGAAGACGAAGACCAGGAUCCGCACAUCCCAAACACCUUUUCGAGGUUCUCAACCUUUUUCAGCAACAGCUUUGAGGUGCCAUACAGUAAUCCGUACUGUGACACCAUCCCUACCAGUAAUCACGAGAAAAGAUACGUCAAACAUGAGAGUCUGGACGACUUACAGGGGAGCACUUACUUCGGCCCAAGCACCAUAUCACAGGAGCCCCAGAACCUGACCAAACCGAUCAAGCCGUCUUCCUGGCUCCUGAAGAGUUGGAGCCUCAACGCCGAGCAGGCGGAGGACGGGCAGAAGUAUUUUGGUAGCGAGAAGCGCCCUGGCAUGGGUCACCAGUACCAGGCCAGUACCAAGGAGGAACUGAUAGCCGAGGCGCGCCAGCGGCAGGCGGCGGCGGCGGCCGAAGCCAUCAGCACCAUGGACAGGGCUCAGUCGUAUUUCCAGCAGGCAGACGACAGCGUCCAUUUCCCACCGGCCGCCGCCGAGCCCGCCGGCUCCUCCAACCCUCGGAAGCUGAAGGAGAAGGGUUGCAAGACACCGAGCUUGGAGCAAACGACUAGUGUGGGAACUCAGACGGAGCAAGUGAGCCGGGCCAGGGGGCAGGCGAUCGGACGGUGUGCCCGUCCUAAGCCCGGGGAGAAGGCGGGUGUCCGGCAGUCGGACGAGGACUCAGAGGCUCUGAGCGACGACAUCAGCGAUAUUUUCAGAUUUCUGGACGACAUGAGUGUCAGCGGCUCGACGGGUCUCCUACAGUCUUGUUACAACAGCAACGGGUCUCUGUCCCGUCUCCCCAAGGCAGACGGGGGCAGUCCCGAGAAGACUCCGGCCAAGGGAGGAGGUCCACAAAGUGACACCACCCAGGGGCAUCGUCCCUGCCAGUCAGCCGACGAGGAGCUGAAGACCAGCGUGUGCAAGCUAGUGCUGAGGGUAGGCGAGAUCGAGAAGAAGCUGGAGACCCUUUCCGGGGUCCGGGACGAGAUUUCCCAGGUCCUGGCCAAACUCAACCACCUGGACCAGAAGAUUCAGGAGCCGGCGGCAGAGAAAGCAUCUCCCGACAGCAACACCGACAGCCUCCGCGUCAAAGCCCUGAGAAAAAGCUUGUUUGUCCGGAGAUCCUCCAAGUCCCUGACAGAGGAGAACAGCGCGACCGAAUCCAAGAUCGCCAGCAUUUCCAACUCGCCCCGAGACUGUCGGGCGAUGGGCUGCGGAGGCGAGAUGGGCCAGAGCAAGCGCCAAGGCACAGCAGACAGUAAGGACUGGCAACGUAAACACAGAGAGGCAGAUCGGCGCUGCGUCACUUCACAAUCGCAUCGGCCACCAAAGCCCGGGAAAGAUUCCCUUUUAAUUGAACAAGUCUUCAGCCCUCAUGUGUAUCCCAACUCCAUGAAAUCCCACAUGAAGAACAAUCCGCUGUACACAGAUCUCCGGCUGACCGAGGUCCUGGAGCAGAAGCAGCCUCAGCCAUCAUGGGCCAUUGAGGAGUACAAUAGGAACGCCAGUGAAAAGAAUCAAGAAUCUUUGAAUCCUAAUAAUUUAGAAUACUGGAUGGAGGAUAUUUACACUCCAGGAUAUGACUCCUUGCUGAAACGAAAAGAGGCAGAAUUCAGGAGGGCUAGGAUUUGUAAGAUUGCUGCCUUAAUCGCAGCAGCAGUCUGCACAGUGGUCUUGGUCAUUGUCGUCCCAAUUUGCACUAUGAAAUCCUAA